GGAAAACAAGUCUAUAAAACAACAGCUUGUCGCUUGCCUCUGAAACAACGCGCUUCGAAGUCGUACACUUUGUAUUCAUAGUCAUCAGUUCGCAUCUGUUUAGUGCCAAAAUACUUCUAAAUGCUCUGAUCGUUGAUGAGUUUUUGCCGCUAAAAUGUUAAACCAAGCUGCAGCUGAAGCGCUUUACUCCGCCACAUACGUUGAAAAUUACCUUGACUGUCUUGAAAACCUGCCUGACGACCUGCAACGUCAACUGUCCCGUUUACGCGAGUUGGAUGCCAUAUAUCAAGGAUAUGCUGACACGCUCAGCCAGGCCACAGAGGAUUUUAAAAAAGAGCAGGAAAGUGGGACUUUUAGGCGACUUCAUAACCACAUGCAGCAAGUCUUGAUAAAAGCUCAGGAAAUUGGUGACGAGAAGCUCCAAGCAGUGAAUAUACUGCAAGAUCUCAUUGAGAAUCAAGCCCGCCUCCUUGAAACGGACUACAAAAAUUUGGACUUUGGAAAAGACCAAGAAAAUACUGAACCAAGCAGCAAAGAACUGCCAAGUGGGCCCAGGGAGCAGUCAAGUUAUUCGAGCAACUCAAACGUUUCUUCAGCAGCCACUGCAAACUCAAGUAAUAAUAACGAGAGACAGUCAAAGCGAGCUAGAAGAUCGCGAGUAGAGAUUGCUGAUGAAAGCUAUAGUAUUGCAAUUCAGCAAUCAACUGCCGUUAGUGAGAGGAACGUGGAAACAAGAGGAAAUUCGUCCAUGACAGAGAAUGUAAAAUCUAGCUCUGCUGGUAAUUCCAGCACUGCUAGCAACAACCAACGGAAACCGACGAAAAAGAAGAAGAGAAAGGUAAAGCAAGAGAAAGAUCAGAAGCAGUCCAAGAGACAGCACCAGCAGGAUGAUUCGCCUCAGGAGUUGCCGAUUGAUCCUGAUGAGCCUACUUAUUGCUUGUGUGACCAAAUAUCUUACGGAGAGAUGAUCUGCUGUGACAACGAUCUCUGCCCCAUAGAGUGGUUCCAUUUUUCAUGCGUCUCAUUGAGCUUGAAGCCAAAGGGCAAGUGGUUCUGUCCCCGCUGCAGGGGUGACCGUCCCAACAUCAUGAAGCCUAAGGCGCAAUUUCUGAAGGAACUUGAGCGAUAUAACAAGGAGAAGGAAGAAAAGGCAUAAUUGGUUUGCUCUCCUGGGAUUGGAUAGUUGUUGUAAAUAGGUAAUAAAGCGUUUUCUAUAAUACAAAUAUGUAAAAAAAUGUAACGAUUUUUCAUUUUCAACUAAAAAACUGGCGCAAGCUUAUUGGAUAAAUUUAUUUUUGUCAUAAAUACAUAAGAGAAACUAGUCUUUCAUCUUGCAUGUUUGUACAGAGAUUGUGAUGGAGAGAACUUUCUUGCUUGAAAGUUGAAUCCUUCUACCGCCUCUUUAAGAAAUGCUCGCAAUUACAUUUGCAGUAAUUUGGAACAUGUUUCUCCAAUUUUAUCUUAAAAUUAAACAAACUACACUAAUGAAGAGUCCAAUAAGCAAUAUGCUUAAAUUUCAGCCUCUACAACUGUCAAAUUAACAGGAAUCAUUUCCAUGGAGUCAUCUUGGUCUUUGUUGGCCUCAGUUGUCUUUGCUGUCGUGGUUGAUGUUUGUUCUGUGCUGUUGGUUGCCGAUGAAAUUAGCGUUUCAUUUUGUUGCGGCCACCUCUCAUUUAUUCUUUCGUACCUGAAAUAUUAAAUCUUGCACUGUUCCAAUUAGAAUCUUUAAACGGCUUACGUCACGUUAUCACUGUGAGAGGCAUUCAGUGUCGUUUGGUUUCUGUUUGUAUGCAAUUCCUCAGAGCCCGGCGGCCCUGAUUUAUGGAGAUAGGCAACCGGCAGGAAACGUCCCUCCCGGUCGUCCAUUCUGCUGUUUUGGUACGGCCAAUACCUUUCGCUGCAAGGUCUCCACUGCAGCUUGGACAGUCCAACGUAACACCUGGAAGUAUUAUUUGUUAAAGACAAACUGCAACUAUUUAUUUCAGUUACAAAACUCACCAUGGCAUUUGCAUUCCUUCCGAGUAUCCGCACCUGUGGGUGGGGCUGCAGCAGUAAUCCCAGUCCUUCCCGUGGUUUGAGUCCAAGGGACACGACCAGAACUCCGCGCCAGGGUUCAUGGUGCACACGUGCCCUGCCGCGCAUGGCUUGCCGCUGACGGUAAACGCCAUUGCGUCCCCGCCGGAGCCGCCAAGUUGGUUGCUGCCAAAGUAGCUGCUACCAGUGCUGUAGGUGGGUGGCGGUGGGGGAAUACUGGAGCCGCCGUAGCCGGAUCCUCCGCCAAAACUGGUGCUGAAGCUGGAUGGUGGCGCGGUGCUGCCAUAGCCCCCUGCAGGUCUCUGGUUCCAAUUGUUUUUGUCCCUAUCUGCUUAAGAGUUUAACAGUGUCAGUUUACUAGUUGUUAUUGAUGCUUUCUUUGUAAUACCAUCCCAAGUAUUCAAACUGGUCGAACCUCCGUAACCUGGAACUCGACAGCGCUCGUCCGACCAGUCCCAGGCCAUCAAUCGCCAGCCAUCUCCAAUGGACUUGUCUUCAUCGUGCACGAAAUCAGAGUUUGGUCGCAGAUCCCUCUGAGCAAGCUCGCUCAAAAGACAAUUGUGGUCAUGAACUCCAUGUCUAAGAUACAGGCAAGAUUUUGAGAUUUUUUUCCACAAAAUAGUUAGAAUUAGCUCAUUUUCGUUAUUAAGUUUCCUCAAUUGAAAUGAUUUAUUGCAUUGAGACUCGCCUGUAAGCCAGGGAUCGGCAUGGCGUUUUCCAUUUUUGCUGCGAAUUGGUACAUCUUGAUAAGCACUCGGUCAGAGUAGGCGCGUGUGUGGCCACCGUGACGACGUUAGGCGAGAGACGCGCGGAUGGCCAGUAUUCGGCGUAACAAUCUAAAAAAAUGUAUAAUGUGAUUACAAGUUUAUUUUUCUUCCGGUGUGUUCUCUCUCAUAAUGUAUAACCUUUUUGCGUCUGCUCCCAUCAUAAUACAUAUUAUAUCAUUAGUAUUACGCAACAUCGUUACGUUUCAUCUUGAACUAUUUCUGACUACUAUAGCUUUGUGAAUUUUCUAUUCUUAUUUCUUACUCCGCAGGAUCUCACCUUGUGCCGUUUGCGAUAGCGAAUUUGGCCUGUCCUGAACUCCAGGCAGCUGCGUAGCCAGCAGGGGUGGCAGCGGGUCAUUGUCGUUUCCGCCCUUUAUAGGAGACUCUCCAGGGGUGGGCACUGGCACUUGCCAAGGGGUGGACGAAGGGAAAGGGGCAAUGUGUUCGCACCCUCUUCCGCUCAGGAUUCGCUCAUAGGUUUCAAAAUCGUUGUCUGGCACGAGGCCCUCUCGCGGAUGUAACUCUGGCAUCGGCCGGUCGGACAGAAUGCACGAGUCGCCAGGGGAUCCAGGGGGCCCGUGGCGAUAGCUGUAGGCGCGGCAUACAAAGUCUUUGGCUUGCAAGCAUUCGAGCUGGCAGCCUCCCAUCGAAGGAUGGCUGGAUGAACCUCUGAUGGCCAGCUUGUCAAGGCGCUGGCCGCUCCAAACCCUCGCGAAACACUCGUCUGGUGAAAUUAUGUACAAUUGUGUGCAUUAAAACGAGGAAUGUGUAUGAUUUGAAUUUAAA